AAUAAUGAUAUAAAUAGAAUACUGGUUCUUGAUCAUGGCAAUUCAUUUCUAGAUAUAUGAUUGUUUAUUGAUUAUUGAAUUCAAUUAAAGAUAACUACAUUAAAUAUAAAGUAUUGAAAAACAGUCUCACAAGAUGGGCGGUGUUUUUUUUGUUAUCUUUCCUUAAAUAUUUGCUUAUCGAUAUUGCGAAUAUUUGCUAAUUUUCGAACUUCUCAGGUGUCACCUUAUAUAUCAUUCAGUCAUUAAUUGUUCCAAUUUCAUUUGUCAUUCAGUCUUUCGGUUUGGCACUUCGUUUACAUCGCUUGUGAAAUCAAGAUUAACAGAUGAAAAUCUUACGAAAACAUUUGUUCCUGUGCAUCCUAAUUACAUUACUCAGAGGAAAUGUAGCAGAUAAACCUCUUUCUCCCGAUGAUACAAUUGUCCAAAGUAACAAUGAGAAUUUUAAACAAGAUGAGAGUUCUAUCGAUUAUAGAUUACCAAGAGCUAUCAAACCUAUAUCAUAUGAUAUCAAGCUGAUCCCGAAAUUGGAAGAUGAUUUUAAAUUUAAGGGUUACACAACAAUUGCAGCAUUGGUAAUACGUACAACUAAUCAUGUUACGUUACAUGUGGGAAAAAUUGAAAUUGAAUCAGUAUUUAUUCCCUUUUACGAUGAACAAACAUUCUGUUAUAACUAUGACAAUGUUACCGAGAAGUACACAAUUACUAGCCCAAAACCUUUUAGAAAAGGGAGCAUUAUACUAAUUGACUUUAAGUACAGUGGAAUCUUAACCGACAACUCGCUCGGAUUCUAUAAGAGUUCUUACUUCGAUAAAAAUGGACAGAUUAAAUGGUUAGCCGCGACACAAUUUCAAUCAAUAUAUGCGAGGCAAGCCUUCCCAUGUUUCGACGAGCCGGGUUUUAAAGCUAGAUUCAGAUUUCAUAUAGUAAGAGACGAGAGUUACCACUCCUUGAGUAACAUGCCACUGGUUAAAUCUUUACGACUACGGGGGGGCAAGAUUUGGGAUGUUUUUGAACAAACCAUCCCAAUGUCUACCUACACAGUGGCCUUCGUCAUUUCGGAAUUUGAAUCUCUCGAAGUAGACAAUUUUAGAGUGUGGGCCAGACCAUCCGCCCUAGAUCAAGCCGAAUACUCUUUGGACAUCGGCGUUGCGGUUCUCGAUGCGCUUAAUAACAUAUUCCAGCUACCUUAUUUCCUCCCUAAAAUGGAUAUGGUAGCCGUACCCGAUUUUAAGGCAGGUGCUAUGGAAAAUUGGGGACUGGUGACAUAUCGCGAGACCGCAAUGCUGUACGAUGAGAAGGAAUCGUCCGCGCUGGCACAACAGAGAGUGGCCACUGUGAUUGCUCAUGAGCUUGCUCAUAUGUGGUUUGGAAAUUUAGUCACGCCAGAAUGGUGGGGUUAUCUUUGGCUCAGCGAAUCAUUCGCCACAUAUUUUGAGUACCAUGGUCUCGCAGAGGUCGAGACAAACUGGAAUAUUAAGGAACAGUAUGUCGUGGAUCACGUUCAAGCUGCAUUUGGAAUUGAUGCUGUUGAAUCUUCUCUUCCAAUGACUCGAGAUGUUUCUACUAGUAAAGAAAUCGUAGGAGCAAGUGAUCGAGUUACUUAUGCGAAAGGAGGCAGUGUUGUUCGUAUGAUGAGCUUUGUGUUCGGUGACCAUGUCUUCAGAACCGCAUUGCACCAUUAUCUAAAGAACAACAAAAGACAAGGAGUGGGUAAUCCGGAUGCUUUAUGGGAGGAACUACAAAAACAAAUAGAUGUCGAACAGUCAUCAGAUAUUUCUGUAAAAUCAAUAAUGGACUCUUGGACUACGCAAUCCGGAUAUCCUGUCGUGUCAGUUAACAUUAAUGACGACGGUGUAGUAAAUCUUAGUCAAGAACGCUUUUUCUUGAGGAACUUAGAUAAGACUUCGACGAAUGUCACUUGGUACGUUCCACUCACAUUUGCCACACAGAGUAACCCAGAUUUUAGUAACACAAUUCCGAAAUAUUGGAUGAAUACCAAAGAGACCACUGCAGAAUUCAAAAUUAAUCCGAAAGAAUGGGCCAUAUUCAAUCUUCAAUCAUCAGCUUUCUAUCGUGUAAAUUACGAUGAUCGUGGAUGGCAGCGCAUUUUCGAUUUCUUGAAAAGCGAUAAAUUCGAAGAAAUUCAUGUAUUAAACAGAGCCGCCAUUGUAGAUGAUCUAUUAAAUCUGGGUAGAGCAGGAUAUCAAAAUAACGUUGCGGUUCUGGAUAGAUUGCUUUAUCUUAAGAGAGAAACGAAUUAUUUGCCAUUUAAAUCAGCACUUACUGGUUUAGAUUACUUUAAUAAGCGAUUUGCAGGAUCUAAGGAACACGACUUAUUUAAGAAAUAUGUCUUGUCUCUUAUUAGUAAUGUACGUUCUGAGCUGGGAUAUGAAGAUCGUGAAAAUGAUGAUAGAUUAACAGUUCUGUUGCGACAAUUAGUGCAUAAGUGGGCUUGCAAUUUUGACGCUGAUGAUUGUGUAGCGACUUAUACUAAGAAAUUUAGUCAAUGGAAAGCAAAUCCUGCUAACCGUAUCAAUCCGAAUGAGAGAACCACUGCAUAUUGCACAGCCAUAAGACAUGGAACUUCUGAAGACUGGGAAUUUUUAUGGAAAGACUAUUUUAAUUCUAACGUUGCAGCGGAUCAAAUAGUGAUUCUAGGUGCUUUGGGAUGCACUCAGAAUACCACCAUCUUAGAAAGAUAUUUGGGAUAUGCUUUGACCGAUUUUGAAGUCAACCGAAUUCGUUCGAUGGAUAGUCCGGCUGCCUUCGCAGGUGUUUAUAACUCUGGACCGCUUGGGGCAGAAUAUGUGCUUGAUUUUGUUGCUAAACAUUAUAAGAAGAUGGAGGAAUAUUAUGGAGACAACCAGACAACAAUAUCUACAAUUCUCAAUGGAGUGUCGCAACAUCUUUCUACACCCCAAUUAGUUAACAAAUAUGAAGAAUUCAUAAACAAUCAUAAACAGGACUUUGCAUCUAUCAAGAAACCUCUGGAAUCUUCCUUAAGGAUUGCUAAAUAUGAAUUAGAAUGGAAAAAGUCUAAUUCGCCACCUAUGUCUGAAUGGUUACAAAACUAUAAUACCGCUUCUUAAUAAACUUAUAUUUUAACAGCUUCUAUCUUAUCUCAAUCAGAAUUUAAAUCUAUUAGUUUAGAUAUUCAGGCAAGAUUAUAUAAUUUAAGCUACUUUCAACUAAACGUUUAAGAUAGAUGGAAUGGGUUUUGUUUAUUAAAUUUUUAAAAUUUAGAGUUGGAUUGUAUCAUAUUCUGUUUUUGUAUAAUAUAAUUAUUUGUCAAAUACAUGUCUUUAUUAGACAGUUAAUAUAAUAUAUUAUACAUUAUUUGCUCAUUAAAAAUUGGAGCGUAUAUGAAUA